AUGUGGUCAAAGCUAGUUACAAGUCUUCUCUGCGCGGCAGUCCUCAUCAAUAGCCUUUCCCUAAAUGAUGCAGUUGUCUUCAAGUUUACGAAUUUCGUCUGCCUAAGUCACAAUAAGUCAUGGUUUGUCUUCCAUCAUUAUCGUCUUAAGGCCGUCAGCCGUGAUAGAGUGCUUCUCAACGUAAACGGAACUAUUCUACACCCCGCCAAUGACAUUACUAUUUAUGCCAGGAUUUUAAAGAAGGCAAGCGGAUUUAAGCCCUGGUUAUUAAAUGCAAAAGUCGAUGGGUGUCGAUAUAUGCGGAAGAGCUACAAUCCCAUUGUAAAAAUAAUCUUUGAUCUCUUCCAAGAUUUCUCCAACAUAAAUCACACAUGCCCAUUUUUUGGUCUACAAUAUCUUAAGGAUUUUUAUCUGAGGCCCGAAAGGUUGAAGCUUCCCUUUCCAACCGGAGAAUAUAUGUUAUCUUUACAGUGGUACUUCGACAAGAAACCACAAUUCGACACAAAUGUAUCUUUUUCCUUCACAGAGGAUCUUAUAAAUAGAAACUAG